AUGGCAGGCUUGGUGGUGGUGGUGGUGGUGGUGGUGGUGCUUAACCCUUUUCUGAAGAACUUUCAAGUGAAAAAUUAUGUUGGUGACCAUGUGUUUCUGGAUUGGGCAAAGAAGACAGAUCCAGAAUAUGAUAUUAACAACUUUUGGAAUUUCCCAAAAUACCUUUCCCUAUUUGUGAAAGUGGGAACUUUUUCUACAAUUACUCCCAAGAGGCAACAAUUGUUGAUAUCAGAAGAUGUAAUUCAAUGGCCCAUAGGAUUUACAGAGACUCCCAAGUCCAUAUGCAAUAAGGACUGCAGUCCUGGAUCCAUGAAAGUCAGCCUGGAGGGCAAGGCUGCCUGUUGCUUUGACUGCAUACCUUGCCCAGAGAAUGAGAUCUCCGGUAAGACAGGUAUGGAUCAGUGUGAAAAAUGUCCAGAAACUCACUAUGCAAAUGCAGAGAAGAGACACUGCCUGGAGAAAACUGUGACCUUUCUGGCCUAUGAUGAUCCCUUGGGUAAAGGAAUCGCACUCAUAUCUGUGGGAUUCUCUGCACUCACAGCUCUUGUUAUUUGGGUCUUUGUAAACCACAGAGACACUCCGAUUGUGAAGGCCAAUAACAGAUCUCUCAGUUACAUCCUGCUCAUCACUCUGACCCUCUGUUUCCUCUGCCCCUUGCUCUACAUUGGCCUUCCAAACCCUGCUACAUGCAUUCUGCAGCAAAAUUUAUUUGGAAUUUUGUUUACUGUGGCUCUAUCCACAGUGUUGGCCAAAACCACCACUGUAGUUAUGGCUUUCAAGAUUACCGCUCCGGGGAGAAAAACAAGACGCCUGCUGAUAUCAAAAGCCCCUACUUUCAUCAUUCCAGUUUGCACAUUGAUGCAAAUAAUUCUCUCUAGCAUAUGGCUGGCAACAUCUCCUCCAUUUAUUGACAUGGAUGCUCAUUCUGAACAUGGAUGCAUAAUUAUUCUAUGCAGCAAGGGCUCAGCUAUUGCCUUCUAUUGCGCCCUUGCCUACCUGGGAGCCAUGGCCUUUGGUAGUUACCUCGUGGCUUUCUUGUCAAGGAAUCUACCUGACACAUUUAAUGAAGCCAAAUACCUGUCUUUCAGAAUGCUGGUGUUCUGCACAGUCUGGGUCACAUUCCUCCCUGUCUACCACAGCACCACAGGGAAGGUCAUGGUGGCUAUGGAAGUAUUCUCUAUAUUGGCUUCCAGUGCAGGCAUUCUAAGUCUAAUCUUUGCCCCUAAGUGCUACAUUAUUUUGUUGAAGUCACAUAGGAACACUGUUCAUCACAUCAAGGAUAAAAGUUAUGAAAGGAGCAAAAUUUAUUUAAAAUAUAAUUGA